AUGGCGGGUUCCCCUCAGCGAAAGGCUAGUUUUCCUGACGGGACAGAGGAGCAAGGACGGCGUCGGUUAACUUUGCCCAGUUUCCAGUGGCUCUACAAAAAAACAGUAGGGGCUUUCCAGGGGCGACAAAACAGCUCGGGCCAGCGCCCGCCCGCCACUCCCGCGGCGGCUCCGGCCCGACCUUCCCUGCCCCAGCCCAGCGGGACGGAUCCCGCUGUCCGGGAGGAAUCGCCAGGCCCCUCUCCGCUCCUGUGGGAAGCGGACGGGGGGAAGCGGCGAAAGCAGCAGGCGCACGUGCCGCUCCCUCCCGGGCCCUUUAAAACAACUCCUCGUCCCCCUUCUCCCCGCGCGCCUGGUGACCCGCUCCCCCCACGCGUCCUCCCCACGCCGCCACCGCAAGCCUCGGCCCCGGCCCCGCCGCUACCCGUUCGCCGCCGCCGCCGCUCGCUCCCGGCCCCACCGCCCGCCGCUACCCCUUCGCCGCCGCCACCGCCGCUCGCUCCCGACUCCACCGCCCGCCGCUACCCCUUCGCCGCCGCCGCCGCUCGCUCGCUUCCAGCCCCGCCGCCGCCGGCCUUGCUCCCGCUCCCCGCCCUGACCCAACCACCUCCCCCUCCCACCUCGCGCGGCGCCGCCGCCAAUCGGUGCCCGCGAAGGGAAGACGGAACGACGCGGAGAACCAAUAAAAGACGAAAGCGAUACAUUACUUCCCCCCCACCGCCUAGAUAG